AUGCCCGAGGAACAGAAGAUUUUGAGGCUACAGGAUGUUUGGCGUACAUGCAACAAAAUACGAGCAGCAAUAUUUCGCGUAGGAUUCGAUCUAUGGAAUUACUAUAAACCUCUAGAUCCUAACAAUAAUUGCUUAAUUUCAGAAUCGAAGUUCGUUUCCGUGUUGGCUGGCCCUUUAAAAGAUAAAAUUGGUUUAUCUGACAAAGAAAUUUGCGAUCUGGCUGAUUACUUUCGUGUACAAGAUGGCAGAAUCUUUUAUUCCCAGUUUUGCACCAUUAUUCACGACAGCGUUCCUCGAUUCGAUAAGAACAAACCACUCGUAACCGGUUUGGAAUGGGAAGAUCCGGAGCACGUGAAUCGCCUAAGUGCAAACGAGUAUCGAAAAUUAUGCCUUAUCGUUACUCAAAUAGCUAUUCUAAUCAACAAAAGGAGACUAGUAUUGAGGCCUUACUUUCAAGAUUACGAGCUAAUCGCGAAAAAUGUUGGAAGCGUGACUUUUACACAUUUUGGACGGAUCUUGGCAUUUCUGGGCAUUGUUCUCGAUUCCGAAGAGUAUUGUUUGCUAGUAAAGAGAUUCGCCAGAGACGCCUACACUAUCAAUUACGUUGCUUUUCUACAAGCAAUCGACGAAGUUCAGGCUUACUUCGACAAGCAUGGAAUGUUGUCUCUCGACGGAAGAAUCCUUGACCAGUUUCCCGGUCGAAUCAUCACGGCGGAACUGCCUAAGCUUCCUCGACCAGAAAUCGGGAAAAAGAUGGUCAGCAGGGUAUUUGGAAAGCAAACUGUUUUCCAUCCGGUGAUCGAGGAGCCCAGGGAGCUCAUGCCUUUGACGGAAGUGAUUCAACGAGUUCAAAGACACGUUCUCGAGACUCGAAUGCGUAUUUCCGAAUUUUACAAGAGGUUCGAUUCUCUGAAUUCUGGAAGAGUGACCAUUUCACAAUUCAAGAGAGGUUUGGACGGUCUACAAAUUUCAAGCUUAGGACGUUUGUACCUAGCAGAACCGGAAAUCGACGCUCUGAUUGUUCUUUACAAAGAUCCAAAUGAUCCAGAUCGUGUCUGUUGGCGCACCUUUGCAGACGACAUCGAUCAAGUCUUCACUGUGAAAGAGCUCGAUAAGUUACCGAAUCUGAGAAUCGAAUCACCGCCGAAAGAAAUAGUAGAAUUGAGUCGAAAAGGAACGUCCAAUUGGCAAUGCGAACAGAAAACCAUAAGAGACCUUUGCGAGGACGUUUUGGACAAAAUUCGACAUCGCGUGAUCGAGAGAAGAAUUUUGAUAAAACAGUUUUUCAAAGAUUACGAUCGACGCAACAAUGGACACGUGACGCGAUCCCAAUUUCGACAGGUUUUAACGACCGUAACGGUGUUACUUUUACCGGAAGAGGAAUUUGCAUUAGAGCAGAGAUACAACGACGACUUAGGUUUUAAUUACAUAUGGUUUUUAAAAGAAUUAGAAGCCCAUGCGGUGGAGGAAUCUUUAUACGUCUCGUUGUUAAAAGAGAAGAGACUAGUUAAUGCUGAAAAACCCCCAUUAGAAGCUGAUCCCGACGAGACAAAUAUUGUUUUAAUUUUAGCUAAAAUCAAAGCAAAAGUUGUUCGCGAUAGAGUCAAGGUUUCCGAAUUUAUGCGUCAAUACGACGUCCAUAAACAGCGCGUUAUAAAAAGAUCAGAAUUUAUACGGGGUCUCGAUCAGCUGGCAUGUAAUUUGACUUGUACAGAAAUGGCGACCAUUAUUAAAGUUUUCCAAGCGCCUUUAAGGUCAAAUUAUGUGGAUUAUGUGAAAUUUGUGGAGGCCAUGGAGGAGGCUGUUGCUAUGGGGAGUUUAGAACGAGCACCACUUUUAGUGCCUGUGCAACACGUGCCCUCGGAAGCUUCGCCCAAAUCGUUCUUAAAUUUCGACGAACGGCAUUCGGUUACUAUGGCGAUGGAUAAACUGUCUAGAGUUCAACAUCCGAAUCUUGAGGAGUUGUUCAAGGAUUACGAUCGAGAAAACAUUGGCACGGUUUCGAAAGUCUGUUUGAUCAAAGCUCUGUCCACUAGAUGCAUGUUGCAAUUAAUUAGCAUAAGAGAACUGGACACAAUACACAAAUGUUUCGCCGUGGAAAGAGGUGGACGUUUGGAAAUUGAUUAUCGGGCAUUUCUGCGAGCAUUGCACCUCAUGCAACAAAAUAGGAAGCAUCUGCCGUUCUAG